AUGUCCGAGUCAAGUGUUGAUCCAGUCAAGUCAGAAAAGAAGCAAAAGGGGAAACAGAGAAAACUUACACACGAUGAGCUUUUAAGACUAUGCUCCGUCUUCGAAGGAGAACUACAAGCUAGGGACCAAGCAAUAACAAUUCUGAAGCAACAGCUGCGCCAAGUGAAUACAGCACGCGAAGCUUUAAAAAGGGAUGAAUUUAUCAACGCAUCAGAUGACGAAAAAACGGGGAACACAGUUGGUCAACUCAAGAGCAUCAUUGAGCACCAAAAGGAGUCGAUGCGAAAAUUGAAGAGGGAAAUGUGCUCCACCGAGCAAAAACAUCACCAACUGAUGGAAGAGUUCGGAAAAGAAAAACGAAAACAUCAAGAAUACAUGGACAAAUCUGAUGAGUUUGUAAAUCUUUUAGAGGCUGACCGGCAAAAAAUGAAGCUUCUUCUGGAAGAAGAAAAAACUCGAUACGACGGGAUUUCGAGGAACUACGAGAAAUUGAAGAAAGACUCUUCGGAAGAGAUCGAGAAGCUCAAGAAGUUCUCCAUGUUGUUGGUCGAGGAAAAACAAGCGCAAAACAAGAAGGAUGAGCGCUACCUUUCCCGGCUGAAGACGGCAGAGUCGGAAAUCGUCGAGCUUGAAGAGACGCUCGAAACUUUGCUCAAAAAGUUGGAAAAUGAGCAGGAGCAUUCCGCCCAGCUGGAGCGUGGUUUAGACGAGCUCUGCGACAAGCACCAACAAGAAUUGGAAGAUGCGAUGGCGGAACUCGAGGCGGAGAGGAAAAAAGUCGCUGAGUUGGAAGACACACUCGAGAGCAAAAUUGCACAGGUGAAGAAACUCAAGGGUCUGCAUCGCAACCUGCAGAAGACCGACGACCAGUUGCUCGAACUCCAGGAGAAGUUGGAGAAAGAUGGCGGCAGGGCAGAUCUGGAAGAGGAAAUCACGCAGCUCAGGGCAAAAGUGGCCGAAUUCGAGAAUCAAGAAUCGGCGCAAGGAAUUUCUGAUGAGGCGGAUAUGAGAAGACAGGUCGCCAACGAGCUCAAGGCGAUGGAGGAUCUUGAAAAUGAACUCGAUCGAUUGCGAAAAACGGCCUUGAUCCACAAGCAACUGGAGCGAUUCGUGGAAGACUCGAUGUUCAAACUCGAGGAACUUGGCGGGCGAUUCGAGAUUGAGGAAAAGAAAACGUCGGAGAUGGAAGUUUCUAUGGCCGAAAUAAAACGGGGCUUUAGCGAACUUGACUCGACUUCUGCGAACAUCAUUAUUGUCGAAGAAGAGCUGAGAAAGGACUACAGAAUUCUUGAGGAAGAACUAAAGCGGAAAUCAGGAGACUCUUCUGACAAGACAUCGUUGAUGGCCACGAUUAUUGCCGAGCGAGACGAGCUGAAAACGAAGCUUGAAGACGAAUCUAUUCGACGCAAGAAACUCGAAGAAGAGGCAAUCGAGAAAUCCCGUGACAUCAUGCGUUCUAGUUCCCGAAUCGAGUUCGAUUCCGAGACAGUUGAGAAUCUCAAGAACGAGAACUUGGAGAUGAAGUCGAUCGUAGCGGCUUUGGAGGAUGAAAUCAAUGCGCUGAAACGAUGCACGCCAGUUCCAAAGAAGGGUUCGAAAUCGUCCAAAAACUCGGAUGAAAUUUCCGACUCGGAAAUCAAACUGCUCGCGACGGAAGAAGACCUCGAAAACGUCAAGGUUGCUCUGAAACAGGAAGAGCAAAAGACCCAGAAACAGGCGCUGCAGGUGCAGAUGAUGAAGGACAGAAUGUUCAAGCUCGAGGAACGCGAGGAGAAAUACAAAAACGUCGAGGAAGAGCUCAAGAGAGCCCUCAAGAAGAAAAAUGAGGCGCAAACUGAGGCUCAAAGCUAUCAUAGACAGAUUGCAGACAUCAAGACCCUGCUGGAAGAUGAAGUUCGCGAAAAACGUAGCUUCGAGAAGGCCCUUGAGGAAGCGACGCGAAAUCUGAAGCAGUUGGAGAAAUCUGGUAAAUCUUCCUCCGUCCAGGUCCAGACAGAUGAUGAUUUCGCAUUUCAUUCGCGGCCGUCGAGUAGAUUGGGCGCUAUGUCACCCGCUGUGCACAUUUUCGACGGUCCAGCUUCGCACAGGAUCAUUCCAGGCGGCUUCAAGGGAUGCAACUUUGCGGCAGGAAUGAGCCAGGAGUCCUUGGUGCGGCCAAGUUCGAUCAAGAAUCAGAAUCGAAUCAAGCUUCCAGCGAGCAAUGAGAAGGUCCAGAUGAGCUUUAUCGCCGAGCACGGACAAUCCGCCACUGCCAAGACAGUCUUCAAGAUCUCAAAAGACAAAGAAACCGGCGCACCGUUCAUAACUUCAUCCUCGUCCGAGAACUCCACCGUCAAAGUAAGCAACUCCGAGUCCAAAUCAAGUACGUCCCUCAAAGCUGAACCAGAAGAAAAGCCAGAGGAGAAAGGAAAAGAGCAACAGCGCCAAAAAUCCGUGUUUGUGUAUGAACUUAUCCCGAGUGGCAAUUCUGACGAAGCCGAGGACAGUGAGUCAAUUGAUUGUGAGUCGGCUGAUUUAGAUACCAAAGUGGAGCGGGUGCGCAAGAAGCGCUCCAUGUUCGAAAAGGCGAGUAGUACCGCUCCGGCGCUCUCCUUCAAGAAAGGCAACACCGCCGCGGCGAAAACGUUGAACGAACAGCCCCAACCGCCGAAACAGGAAGACAGCAAGCCACAAACACAGCCCUCCAAAAACUCGAGCGCACUGGACACAGUAAUUGCCGAACCGCAAAAGCUCCAAUUGGAAAACUCUCAAAAAACGAAAAAGUCCCAGAUCAAAUCAAUCUCCAAGUCUUUUCCUUCUGUAGUCCCACGAAAAGAGCAAAAGGCGAUGCCGUCCAAAGUCGAGAAAAUCGAAAAGAUUGAAAACAUCGUCGAAACGCUAGAAACCAGCACAAGCGUCAACUCCACCGAUAAAGGUUUCCUCGGUCAUACAAUUACGACCAAAUCAAAAGUGAAGAAAGCAUCUUCAGAAUCAAAGAUAUCAAAAGUCAAGAGUUCAACUAAGAACAAAGAAGAAAAUAUUCCGGUAGACGUGCCAGUUGACGAUAUUCCCCCUCCUGGUGAACUUCGACGUCGUUUUUCAGAAGAUUCGAUCAGCUCAGAAGCCUCUGUCUCCUCCGAUUCUUCCUCAAGAUUGAAGAGAACUCACGUGAUCUUGCUCGACACUGGGCUCAAGCCUGUGACGCCGCAUCAAGUUGUGCCAGUCGGUCAGGAAGCCGUCAUUAACCUCGACGAGAUUUCCUCAAACACAGAGUCUUCUUUGGUCAGACAAAGAGCUGCAAUUUGGAAAGAAAAAGAAACAGGAAAUCCAAAUGCCAAGCUUCCGAUUCCUGUCCAAACUGGCGCGCGCGGGAAGAGCAGAUCUCGCGACAGCCGUCGAUAA